UAAGCCCUUUAAACGUAUGGUUAUGCAUGGCUUUUGUAUAUAUAAGCCAUCAUCAUAUUAACAAUAAUAUUACUAGCCUCUAAUGGUUUGAAUGCUUCUAUAUCCACUCAUCUAUACAAUAAAUAUAAGCCAUCCGAUCAAUAAGCACAUUUUUUUGCUUAAAACAAAAUUUCAUAUCCUAAUUAUAUUUUACUCCACUUUUUCAUCAUUAAUAUAUUUCAUUACUUGAUUCUCUCCAUUGCAUUCGCCAUCCUAGAGAUGUGGAGAUUUUCAUCAUUCAUUGUUCUCAUAUUGAUUUCUAUUACAAAGUUAGGGGCUCAUGCUCAUCCUCUAGUACCAUGCUUCUUCAUCUUUGGUGACUCGUUAUCGGAUCCCGGCAACAACAAUCGUCUAAAGACAAAGGCCAAAGCCAACUAUCGUCCAUAUGGCAUUGAUAUCCCGGGUAGAAAACCUACCGGAAGGUUUUCCAAUGGACUUACCGCCGUCGAUGUAAUUGCCGAGCAAUUAGGAUUCCAUCGUCGCAUUCCACCAUUUAGCUCAACAAAGGGUCAUGAUAUACUCAAGGGUGUUAAUUAUGCAUCUGGUGCGGCUGGUAUACGUCCGGAAACUAGUCAACAUUUGGGUGACAUAGUUAGCUUCGACAAGCAACUUAGAAAUCAUCAAAAGCUCAUCUCAAGAUUGAAUACCAAGUUAAAUGGAUCAACCCAAGCCCAAGCUCAUUUAAAAAAAUGCUUGUACACAACCAUCAUAGGCAGCAAUGACUACAUCAACAACUACUUCAUGCCAGAACAUUACUCAACUGGUCGAAAUUACACCUAUGAUAGUUAUGCUAAUUCCCUCAUUAGUUUAUACAGACGAAAUCUACAGAUUUUGUAUAAAAAUGGAGCAAGGAAAGUUGUGGUGUUCGGGCUAGGACUCGUGGGGUGCACCUUGGGUCAAGUAAUCAAAAAUCGGCCACAUAGUCUUUGUGUUGAUGAUGUCAACAUUGCUGUUUUAUUGAUGAAUGACAAACUAAAGGCGCUUGUAGCCGAGCUCAACCGCAAAAACCGCGAUGCUAAAUUUACAUACAUAAAUCUUCAAGGAAUGGUCAUCGGUCCACAUAAUGGAAUCACGGUGUUAAAUCGCCCAUGUUGCCAAUUAAGGGAAGAUUUUCAGUGCAAAGCAUCUUCAACAAUAUGCAGCAAUAGGAAUACAUAUUAUUUUUGGGAUGGGUAUCAUCCUACUGAAGCUGUGCAUAAAAUUGUAGGUUCAAGAGCUUUCAAGUCCAAAAACCCUAAUGAAGCUUACCCCUAUGACAUCCUAACCCUAGUUAAACAAAAGCUUUAAUUAAAGAGGGUUUUGUAGUUAGCUAGUGUUGUUAGCUUCUCUUGUGAUAUUUUUUUUUUUUUUUUUUUUUUGGACAAUUAGAUAGAUGUUAGUUGCUUGAAUCAUUCCCAAUAAUCAUUUGAAGAUUCAUCGAGCAAUUUUUGUAACUCGCAAAAUUUUUUUCCUAUGAACUAUAUCAUAAAUAUAGGAAACAAUUUUUCAAAUAAUGCUCUUUAUAGCUGUUCUUACUUUGUUAUUGAUCAAUAUAGAGUUUCGAGAUGACAAGUAUAAUCCGUUCAAAAAAUUGAUGACAAGUAUAAUCAGGGGCAGAUCUAUUAAGGUGCACAGUGAAUCAUGUGACUCACCAGCAAAAAAAAUAAAAAAAAAAAAAAAAAAACUAAGAGACCCCGUAUUACAGAUAGGCAGUCUCUUUGUUGAAUCUGUUUGGAUUAGCCCACUGUCAGUUAUUUAAAUAUCAAAGAGACCGCCUAU